AACUCAUAAAAUGAGGUUGGCCAUCAGUCUUCCAAACUUGAGACCCCAAGUAGAGACCCCAUUGGGGAUAGCCCAACAGCCUUCCAAACUUGGACGUCCUUGCCAGAUCAAAGCAAAGCCCGCAACAAAACUACCGCAUCAGUUCUUGCAAACCUUGAAGACGUAGAUGGCUGAAAAAGCUGUAGAUUUGCCAGAGGAAUGCUGGGAACUGAUAAUCAAACUGCUAGACCACCCCUCUCACUUCAAUUCACUCUCUUUGGUCUGCAAGCAAUUCCUGUCAAUCACCAAUAGACUUUUGUUUAGUCUCAAUCUCUCUGAUCCAACAGUUCAAGCCCUUCUGCCUCGUCUUCUUCAAAGGUUCCGUCGGAUCAAACAGAUAGAAUUCACUGGAUUUCAAGGUGACAUGAACUCAAUUCUUCAUCAAAUUGCGCUAUCUGGGUUGAAUCUAGAAUCGCUGAACGUUUCCAAGCAACCAACUUUACCAGUGGUUGGUUUAAGAGCGUUGGGAUCCAAAAUGAUGGAUUUGAAGAGUUUGAACUGCUCCAAGAUGGGGUUCUUUGGGGAUUCUGACCUGACUGUGAUUGCAGAGUCAUUUCCAUGCCUUGAAGAGCUUGACAUCAGCUAUCAUGCGGAUGAAAACAGUUAUUCCACAAUUGGGUCGAAGCCCAUAUCCGAUUUGGGCAUCUUUUCAUUGUCAUUGAAGCUCAAGAGCCUGAGGACGAUCAACCUUUCUGGUAAUAGCUUCAUUACUGAUAAGUCCCUUGUGUUUUUGUCUACCAACUGUUUGUUGUUAAGCCAAGUUGUGCUUCACUUUUGUAACUUUAUAUCACUGAAUGGUAUAUCCAAGCUCAUCCAUGGCUGUUCUCACUUGAAUUCUAUUUCGGUUCAUGGAAUUGGGAAUCCUUCUGUUAAUGCAGCAUUCAAAGUACCAUUCCUAAGCCCGAAAGCUUUAUCGGCUAUUGCUCUUUCGGAUUCCGAUAUUUCGGAUGAAUUUCUGUAUGCAGUUGCUGAAGCACGUUUUCCUCUGAAGAAGCUCACUCUUUCUAGAUGCGCAAACUAUAGUUUUUCUGGAAUUUCGGUUUUGUUGAAUGAGUACCAAUCUCUUGAGUACUUAAAUCUUGAAGCAGCAUAUUUUCUUAGGGACAAGGACAUAGCUGAGCUAUCCAGGUUCCUCCAUAGUAUCAAUCAUAUAAACCUUAGUCAUUGCUAUGGGUUGACUUGUAUCACCUUCUACACCCUCAUAAAAAACUGUCUGGUUUUGGAUAAGUUGGAAAUGGUAGCAACAAGUAUUGGGGAGGAAAACAUUGAGACUGACUUUAAGGCAAGCCAUGGAAUCAAAUCUUUAAACUUGGCAAAUAAUUCAUUGGGCAAUAACUUUAUAACAAGUUUUGCAUCUAUUUGCCCCAAAUUGGAAGUGCUCAAUUUGAGCAAAUGUAAGGGAAUUACAGAAGAAGGCAUAGUAGAAGUAUUGAAGAGAUGCUCUGAGAUUAGACAAUUGGAGGCAAACCACAUUCGAGGGAUGACGAAUUCUUUUUUACACCUUGAGUUUGAACUUCCCAAGUUGAAGGUGUUGUCUCUAAUGUUUUCUGGAAUCGAUGAUGAUGCGUUGGCUAUGAUUGGUAAAAGAUGUUGCGGGCUACUGAAAUUGGACUUGGCAGGCUGCUUGAGUUUGACAUCAAAGGGGGUGAAGGAAGUGGUGGAAAACUGCAAAGAAUUGAAGGAGAUAAAUUUGAAGUGGUGUAAUAAGUUCAGUGCUGAUAUUGUUCCUUGGAUGGUGUUUUCAAGACCAUCACUGAAGAAAAUAGUUCCUCCUAGUCGUUUUGUUCUUACUGAAAGACAAAGGAACCUUUUCUUGCGUCAUGGGUGUGUGGUGUAUGAGGGGGGUGCCUUUGAAUGAACUUUACAGGUGAUGAAGUAUUCUCUUGCACAAAGUCUUUUUUGAAUAAAAAUAUGUGAAGAUUGCAUUUGGAUGUUUGUCUUUCUUAUAUUGUUAAACUCAAUUUAUUAUGUAGCAACUCUGUUCACAGCCAAUAGCAAUUGUAGAGGAUGCUUUCUGA